AUGGCAGACCAAUCCGACGUUCACGAAGAAGAAAACCCUCUCAGGGAAAAUAACAUCAACGCCCAAACAGGACAAACGGGAGGAACUCCUGGAGAAAACACCGGAACUGCUGCCGAGCAAACUCCCGCAGCCGUAACCGACCUGUUACUCCAAAUGUUCACUGCUCAGUUCGAAGCCAUCAACAAAAGGAGCGAGGAACGUUUCAGUCAGAUGGCGGCACAGAUCGCCGAACUCAGUAUCGCCGCUAUUCUCGAGCUCCCCUUGCCGACAACCAAACGCGAAGUUCAGCGACUUACCGGACGUAUUGCAGCACUUAACAGAUUCAUAUCUAGAUCAACGGACAAGUGCUUGCCCUUUUACCAACUUCUCCGCGGUAACAAGCACCUCGAAUGGAACGAGAAGUGUGAAGAAGCCUUCGCCGAGCUAAAGGAAUAUCUGUCCAUUCCGCCAGUUCUGUCCAAACCAGACACCGGUGAGACGCUUUAUCUUUACAUCGCGAUUUCGGAGUUCGCAGUUAGCAGCGUUCUUGUUCGAGAAGAUCGCGGCGAACAAAAACCAAUUUUCUACACGAGCAAGUCCCUCGACGGAUCGGAGUAUCGUUAUCCGACUUUGGAGAAGUUCGCCUUCGCCGUGGUUAUUUCUGCACGGAAACUACGCCCGUACUUCCAGUCUCACGCAAUCGUGGUCUUGACCGAUCACCUUCUUCGCACUUUCCUUCACAGCCCAAGUCAGUCUGGACGACUCGCUAAGUGGGCUAUCGAACUUAGUGAAUAUGACAUCGAAUACCGGAACAGAACGGCAACGAAGUCUCAGGUCCUAGCAGAUUUCUUGGUCGAACUCCCACCGGAGCUCGUCGAAGAUAAUCCGGUCGUACAACCCUGGAUUCUUCACGCCGAUGGUUCAUCAUCCCAUAAAGGAUCCGGAGUUGGAAUACGUCUCAAAUCACCCGAAGGAGAAGUAAUCGAGCAGUCAUUUCGGCUCGGCUUCCCAGCAUCCAACAACGAAGCCGAGUACGAAGCAUUGAUUGCCGGACUACGACUCGCUAAAGGUAUCGGCGCCGAGCACGUACAUGCCUAUUGCGAUUCUCAACUCGUAGCCAACCAGUUUCACGGCGAAUACGAGGCCAAGAACAACCGCAUGGACGCAUAUCUCAAAAUUCUUAAGGAUAUUGCUUCAGAGUUCUCCACCUUCGAGCUUACAAAGAUACCUCGAGACGAGAAUGCAACCGCCGACGCCUUAGCCGCACUCGCGACUAAUUCCGAUCCUGAUCUUCGGCGAACUAUCCCGAUUGCAGCAAUCGAGCGACCAAGUAUCAAGCACGAUCUGAACUGCAAUAUCGUUACAAGACGGCGUGACUAUGAAGCCCAGCCAAACCGUGCUCCACCCCUCACCCGAAAGACGAAACCUAAAGAGGUCAUCCCCAAUCGCGAAAACGAUACAGACGAGCUUAACGAUAACGAGCCCGAAUCCAAGGACGAGUCCGAAGGCCAGCACGUCCCCAUCAAUAUUGAAGCCAAAGGAGACGACGAACCCGAGGAUUGGUCCUUAGAAAUCGUGGGAUACAUAGGAGAUGGAACGGUUCCCGCAGAUAAAUGGGCAGCUCGGCGCCUUAAGGCUCGCGCAGCCCGGUAUGUGGUCAUUAAAGGUACUCUUCUCAGAUGGGACGCUUCUGGUGUACUUUUGACUUGUGUUCACGGCAACGACAUCGCGGAAGUAAUGCAAAAGAUUCACGAAGGAGAAGGAGGAAAUCAUUCCGGAGCUCGGUCCUUGGCAUUUAAGAUCAAGAAAGCCGGCUACUACUUGCCUACUAUGCUCUCUGAUUGCGAGAAGUACACGGCACGUUGCGAGAAGUGCCAACGUCAUGGUCCGAUGAUAAAUCUUCCUACCGAGCUCCUGAUGACCUCGACUGCACCAUAUCCUUUCAUGCGCUGGGCAAUGGACAUCAUCGGUCCUUUUCGCCGAUCUACGACCCAGAAGCAGUACGUCCUCGUCGUCACAGAUUACUUCACCAAAUGGGUUGAAGCCGAAGCAUACCCCGAGAUCCAUGGAAUCGACGUCAAGAAGUUCGUCUGGAAGUUCAUCAUCUGUCGACACGGAGUUCCGUACGAGAUCGUUACGGACAAUGGAACCCAGUUCACUUCGAUAAUUUUCCAAGAUUUUUGCGCCAAGUGGAAAAUCCGACUAAGUUUCUCAACCCCGCGUUAUCCGAAAGGCAACGGACAAGCCGAAGCCACGAACAAGACCAUCAUUGACGGACUGAAGAAACGACUCGAUAUCGCUAAGGGAACGUGGGCAGACGAACUCGACGGCGUCCUGUGGUCUCACCGAACGACACCGCGACGUUCAACCGGUCAGUCACCUUUCUUCCUUGCGUAUGGCGCAGAAGCUAUGUGUCCAGCCGAACUUAACGUCCCAAGCAUUCGCCGAACUAUGCUUACCCAGCAACCCGAGGCGAAUGACAAUAUAAUGAUCGACGCACUUGACUUAAUCGAAGAACAUCGCGAACGAGCACUACUCCGGAUACAGAAUUACCAACAACUUGCAGCUCGUUACUACAAUAAAAAAGUUAAGGGCCGUCACUUCGAAGACGGCGACCUCGUACUUCGUAAAGUCUAUCAAAACACCGAAGAGAAGAACGCAGGAAAACUUGGCGCGAACUGGGAAGGACCAUAUCAGAUUAUGAAGGUCGUUAAGCCCGGCGUUUAUCAACUCAUGAAAUUAGACGGAACUCCGAUCCCGCGAUCUUGGAACUCGAUGCAUCUCAAACGAUACUACUACUAG